GAGACCGUACUCGUGUUCAUAUAUAAGAGCACCCCCGACGUCGCGGACAGCUUAGUUUGGGUUUGAUUACUUCAAACAAGACCAGCCUAAUAAGCCACCGAACGGCUCUAGGUGCUUCUUGUUCUCCGAGGAAGCAUUUCAGUUAAGGUUCCGCUCCACUAGCCACUGGUUUGUUGCAGUUGUUCAAGCAUAAUCUAAAAGUGCCAACAGUGUCCCCAAAAAGUGUGACAGUGUCAGAGUGUCAAAAUGCCAGCCAACGGAAUGUUCGACGUCGCUCUGCAGGUCAUCGACGACUCCAACGUGUCUAGUGGAUCGGACAGUGCUGGUGUGUCUGAAGAUGAAGAUGUUCAACUGUUUUGCAGUAAAGGGAAUACCAUAGUCCCGAAGCCGUUGAAAAAAUCCAUAUCGAAAAUCAAGGAUGAAGAGUUCAGCAAAACCGCCAAAGCAAACGAGAAACGAUACGCAAGUCUUCCGAGCCGUGAACAUCACCAGCAAUUCUUGACCGACUUCCUGUCGGAAGUGCUGAACAAUGCCGUUUUCAACGCUACCGAACGGGCUAACAAAGUUCUGAACUGGGUGGAUCCGGAGCAGCUCAAGCGAACCUUGGACCUGGAACUGAAGGACGAGCCCGAUUCACAUGAGAAGCUGCUGGAACUGACCAGGGCCACCAUAAAGCACUCGGUCAAAACCGGACAUCCCUACUUCAUGAACCAACUGUUCUCGUCCGUCGAUCCGUACGGGUUCGCUGGACAGAUCCUUACCGAUGCGUUGAACCCCAGUGUCUACACGUUCGAAGUGUCUCCGGUGUUCGUCCUGAUGGAGGAAGUGGUGCUCAAAGAAAUGAGAACCAUCGUUGGCUACCCGGACGGAACCGGAGAUGGCAUUUUCUGCCCAGGUGGUUCGAUGGCUAACGGCUAUUCCAUUAGCUGUGCCCGCUUCAAACACAUGCCCGAUGUCAAGACAAAAGGAUUACAUUCACUUCCGCGCUUGGUAAUCUUCACAUCUGAAGACGCUCAUUACUCGGUGAAAAAAUUGGCAUCGUUCAUGGGCAUCGGCUCGGACAACGUGUACCCAAUUCGUACGGACGCCAUCGGCAAGAUCAGAGUGGAUCAUCUAGAGUCGGAAAUUCUGCGCGCCAAAUCGGAGGGAGCCGUGCCGUUUAUGGUGUCGGCCACCGCAGGAACAACCGUGAUCGGAGCGUUUGAUCCGCUGGAGCAGAUCGCAGAUCUGUGCAAAAAGUACAACCUCUGGAUGCACGUGGAUGCCGCCUGGGGUGGUGGUGCACUUAUGUCCAAGAAGUACCGAUCGCUGCUUAAAGGAAUCGAACGAUCGGACUCGGUCACGUGGAACCCACACAAAUUGCUCGCCGCUCCGCAGCAGUGCUCCACCUUCCUGACCCGCCACGAGGGAAUCCUAUCGGAGUGCCACUCGACCAACGCGACUUAUCUCUUCCAGAAGGACAAAUUCUACGACACCCAGUACGACACCGGCGAUAAGCACAUCCAGUGUGGCCGCCGUGCCGACGUGCUCAAAUUUUGGUUCAUGUGGCGUGCCAAGGGCACUUCCGGACUGGAACAGCACAUCGACAAGGUGUUCGAGAAUGCGGAGCACUUCACCAGCAGUAUUAAGGCGCGAGAAGGUUUUGAAAUGGUCGUCGAGAAUCCCGAGUGUACCAACGUGUGCUUCUGGUACGUGCCACCUGGAUUGCGGAACGUACCGCGUGACAGCGCAGAGUUCACCGAACGGCUCCACAAGGUUGCCCCCAAGGUCAAGGAACGCAUGAUGCGGGAAGGUUCGAUGAUGAUCACAUACCAACCGAUUCACGAUAAGCCCAACUUCUUCCGAUUGGUCCUGCAGAACUCGGCCCUGGACAAAUCGGACAUGAACUACAUCAUCGAUGAAAUCGAACGACUUGCUGCAGAUUUGAAACCAUGAAUAUCCAAGGCGGUAAACUUGUGUCAUUUCUUGCACAUUUUUUGCGUGUGGGGAGUUUUGUUGAAUUUUUAUAUUAAAACAUAAUUUAUAUCCUUGUGUAAAAGAAAAACCCGAAAAAAAUAUGUAUUUAUUGGAAGCAUUGUUUUGUUCGCUGGAAGCACCAUGUGGUUGAGGGCUGGCAGAACGGUGCGUGAUGAGAGACGAAUCGAAAUGAAUAAAAAAAAUGUACUAUGUAAGAAGAUAUGUGAUUGUGUACUAAGUUGUAAGAAUAUGGAAGCGAAUCAGUAAAACGUAAACAUAUCUUAGAGUGGUUAAGCAAGUUUGAAAAGAAUGUACAAAAAGGAAAAUAAAAAUGUUUUACCAGUGUAUUGUAUUCUUU